GACUGCAUAUGACAAGACCGACGCGCAAAACGGAUCAACUUUUCCUCUCUGCCAUUGUGGGAUGCCACACCCCUGUCACCUUAUAAUGCGCUCGUCUUCAGAGACUUUCAUGCAUUGGCGCAAAUAAGUCAUUUCGCAAGGAUUAUUUUGGAAUUUUACGUAGUUUUUUGUUUGUUUUUUUGCUUGUUAAAUAACUUCAUCAUGAGUGCCGCUGUGGCCAACGACAGUUUUUUUCUGUCCGCUCUCCAGCCCAACAGCUCGGUCACCACGUACGCGGUCCCCUCCGACCACCAGCUUGGACACGGAGGCUCCGUGUCGGACGAAGCGGCGAAAGUCAAGCGGGUCCAACAGCAGGUCCAGAUGCGACUAGCGGAGCGCUCGAGCGGCUCGCUGCCCCGGACAAGCACCCAUCAGUACGGCACUGCAGAGUUGAAUGGCUCCUCCACCCUGCGGUACCACACCUAUAACCCCGGCUUCAGCAGCAUCUCCUUGGCCCACAUUGCCAGCCGCACCAAACCCGUUGCCCGAGUGUCCCAGUAUUCCAGCUGGUUGGUGGCGGGAGUCUCUUCCUCAAGGCUUCAAGCCAGCGCACACUACCAACAGCAGCAGCAGCAGCAGCAGCAGCAGUCCCGCGUGGUCAGCCGCGCGGCCGAGACGCAGCAGCAGGAGGUCACGACCCUGCGCCAGCCAGUCGCCUCUGGGCGUUGGCUACGGGUGGGGUGGAGGGGACGGAACCCCAUCCACCAGUACUCCUUCAAAGGCCCCGCCCAGAGGACGCUCAGCCGCUUCAGCAACUACCGCCACCAGCACCACCAGCAGCACCAGCAGCAGCAGCAGCAGCAGCAACAGUUCCAGCAGCAGCAGCAGAUGAAUCGUGGCACGCUGCAGUACCAGCAGGUGGCCAGCGGGGGCGGCAGCGUGCACGGGCAGAGCACGAUAAGGCGUGCGGGGUCUCUGCACAGUCUGCGGAGCGUGGGGAAAGGUGGAGACAUCCUGGACGGAGAUGCAUGUGGAGGCAGCGACACCCUUGGAGGCAUGCAGAACUUGGACAUGCCGACAGCCGUCAGUUACCUUGGCAACUCGGACGUUGCCAUGCAGAUGCUGGGAGCUGCCUACAUUCAGCAUCAGUGUUACCAUAGCACUGACGCCAAGAGCCAGGUGCGGCAGCUGAAAGGCAUCCCUGCGCUGGUGGAGCUGUUCAGCAGUGAGAGUCAGGAGGUGCAGCGCUACGCCACUGGGGCCACACGGAACCUCAUCUACGAGAACAUGGACAACAAGACCGCCCUCAUCCAGGCCGGCGGCAUCGGCAAGCUCAUGGAGGCCCUCGGAGAACCUGACGACGAGCUUCGCAAGAACAUCACCGGUAUCCUGUGGAACCUGUCGUCGAAGGACAACCUAAAGGAGAAGCUGGCCAAAGAGACGCUGUCCGAGCUCACAGAGAAGGUCCUGGUGCCGCUGUCAGGAUGGGGCGACGCAGGGGUCAUCCAGCAGACUCCGUCUGAGGCUGACAUCUUUUACAACACCACCGGGUGCCUGAGAAACCUGAGCUCGGUAAGUGGGAAGACCAGGCAGCAGAUGCGAGAGACUCGUGGGCUGGUCGAUUCUCUCGUUGCCUACGUGCAGAACUCUCUGGAGGAGGGCAAAGCUGAGGACAAGGGCGUGGAGAACUGUGUGUGUGUGCUGCGGAACCUGUCCUACCAGCUGUACAGCGAGCUGCCUCCAUCAGUGCUGUUGCGUCUGGAGGGCCCCACCAGGGGGCAGGACACCCAGGAGAGCACCGCCAUCGGCUGCUUCACACCGCAGAGCAAGAAGGCCAAAGAGAAGAACCAGGAGUUGUCCACUCUGUCGGAAGUGGCCAGACAGCCCAAAGGGGCAGAGUGGCUGUGGCACCCCCUAGUGUUGGGGCUGUACAGCCGCGUCCUGCAGGCCUGUGAGAACAACGCUGCCACCAGGGAGGCCGCUGCCGGAGCCCUACAGAACGUCACCGCCGGAGACAGCCGGUGGGCAUCUGUGUUGAGUCGAGUGGCUCUGGAGCAGGAACGUUUGCUGCCGGUGGUGCUGGACCAGCUGAGGACCCAGAGUGACGUGGAGCUGCGCUCCCUUACAGGGCUACUGAGGAACCUGUCCCGCCAUGGCCGCAACAAGGACGACAUGGCCACUAAGGUGGUGAACAUCCUGGUGACUAAGUUGCCAAGCGACGGGCACCAGAAGCAGCCGUCUGGUGAGGUGGUGGUGAACAUCUGCGGCACGCUCAACAACCUGGUGGCCGGCAGCUCGCUGGCUGCCCGGGACAUCACCUUCUUCGGAGGACUGCCCAAACUGGUGGCCAUCAAGACCUCCCACGACAAUAGCCCUGGGAAGCUGAAGGCUGCCAAGGCUGCCUCCACUGUGCUCUCAAACAUGUUCCAGUAUUCCAAACUGCACAAGGAUUAUAAACAGAAAGGAUUCACCAAGCAAGACUUUGUGGACCCAACGCUCUGAACGCCUUCUAGUGUUCCGG